AUGCCUUUGGAAAUCCAACAAGUGGAAAAGGGCGACAUCGCCAACAUCGCCAAAAUGGACCGCAUUAUCAUGAAAGAUGUCGGAAUCUCUAAUGCCAUUUGGAGGAUUCAGGAGGCAGAAAACAUCGACAUCACAUACUCGUUCGAACGAUUCAUUUCAAAUGGCAUGGAACACCACGCAGAGACAUUCUGGAAGGUGGUCGACACGGAAAGCAACGAGAUGAUUUCGGUCGCCAAAUUCUCAUUCCAAUAUCAUGAAGGCGAAGCGUACCAAGACACUCCUGUCGAAGGCGAGGAGCCUCCGCCCAAGAAGCUGCUGGAUUUCUUCACAGCACUCAAUCAAAAAUCGAACGAAUUCGCUAAGGAGAACUUUGCGGGCAGACCGCAUGCGCGUACGUGA